AUGAUGACGAGAUUUAUGGAACAACAAAUCGGUCAUUUCGACAGAAAGAUUGAUUCGUUACAAAUACAUGUACGUACACUUUUCGAUUAUGCUAGCUUUAUUGAACUUUUUGUGGAUGAUAGUCUUUAUGCGCAACGCGGAACUGGUCUGAGAAAACCAGAAAAAGGACAGGACGAAGUGGAGGGCAGUGUGUCAGCCGAAAAAUAUCCCAAUAGUGAAACAGAUCAGGUCCUGGAGGAAUCUGGAGCUCCAACGUAUGGCAAUGAAAAAGCAACGAAGGCAAGCAUUAGUAAAGCAGCUAGUCGAAAUGUAGCAUCUGAAGAGCUGCAACAAGCAAAAUCCACAGAAACAGGUGACUUCCAGAUAUAG